CAUGAAGGAAAACUGUGAGAAUUCAUUGUCAAAACUCUAUAGAAUUACUAAAGGAGUUAAUACCAGAAAGAAACUUGGAACAUCAGGAAUGAAGGAAAUGCAACAGAAAUGGAUGCGGUGACAUUCACUGAUGUUGCUAUAGACCUCUCUCAAGAUGAGUGGGAAUGGCUGAGUCUUACUCAGAGGAGUUUGUACAGGAAGGUUAUGUUGGAGAACUACGGGAACCUGGUUUCAGUGGGUCUUUGCAUUUCCAAACCAGAUGUUAUCUCCUUAUUGGAGCAAGAGAAAGUCCUGGGUGACGAAAGCAGAGGUGACAGGAGGCUUCUGCCCAGAUUUGGAGACUAGACCUGAAAUGACAGAGUUGGAUCCAAAGGGCAACACCUGGGAAGACAAGUCAUCCAUCGAGGUGACCAGGGAAGGACCUAGGAGAAACGGGGCUUGGGGUCUGGCCUUGGAAGGAGCCAGCAAGCUGGGCAGCUGGCCAGAGAGGCAGCAAGGAGAGCCAGGGCGGGGGCUGGAGUGGCUGGGGAUUGCCCCAGGGAACAAACCCUCUGCGCAGCUCUCCGAGGGUCAGGAGUCCAAGGCAUUUACCAGCCAGAGCUCCACCCAGGUCCUGCAGAGGCUGGAGGAGCCUGGGGAGAAGGGGUUCUGCCCCUUCGCCAUGCGUGGGAGGAGUUGCACAGGCUCGGUGGGCCUCAGCCAGCCCCUUGGGCCCUGCGCAGAGAAGGCCUACGCGUGCAGUGAAUGCGGCAAGGCGUUCGGCCGCAGCUCGUCCUUGGUCAAGCACCAGCGGAUCCACACCGGUGAGAAGCCCUUCGAGUGCAGCGUCUGCGGGAAGCACUUCAUCGAGCGCUCGUCCCUCACCAUCCACCAGCGCGUGCACACGGGUGAGAAGCCCUACCCGUGCGCCGACUGCGGCAAGGCCUUCAGUCAGCGCAUGAACCUCGUGGUGCACCAGCGCACACACACGGGCGAGAAGCCCUACGUGUGCGCCGUGUGCGGGAAGGCCUUCCGCAAGACCUCAUCCCUCACUCAGCAUGAGCGCAUCCACACGGGCGAGAAGCCCUACGCGUGCGGGGACUGCGGCAAGGCCUUUAGCCAGAACAUGCACCUGGUUGUGCACCAGCGCACGCACACAGGCGAGAAGCCCUACGUGUGCACCGAGUGCGGGCGGGCCUUCAGCCAGAACAUGCACCUGACAGAGCACCAGCGCACGCACACGGGCGAGAAGCCCUACGCCUGCAAGGAGUGCGGGCGGGCCUUCAACAAGAGCUCCUCGCUCACGCUGCACCGGCGCCACCACACGGGCGAGAAGCCCUACGUGUGCAACGAGUGCGGCAAGGCCUUCAGCCAGAGCGCCUACCUCAUCCAGCACCAGCGGUUCCACAUCGGGGUGAAGCCCUUCGAGUGCAGCGAGUGCGGCAAGGCCUUCAGCAAGAACUCGUCGCUCACGCAGCACCAGCGCGUCCACACCGGGGAGAAGCCCUACGAGUGCGCCGUCUGCAAGAAGCACUUCACCGGGCGCUCGUCCUUGCUCGUGCACCAGAUCGUGCACACGGGCGCCAAGCCCUACACCUGCGGCGAGUGCGGCAAGGCCUUCAGCCAGAGCGCCUACCUCAUCGAGCACCAGCGCAUCCACACGGGCGAGAAGCCCUACCGGUGCGGCCAGUGCGGGAAGUCCUUCAUCAAGAACUCCUCGCUGACCGUGCACCUGCGCAUCCACACCGGCGAGAAGCCCUACCGGUGCGGCGAGUGCGGGAAGACCUUCAGCCGGAACACCAACCUGACGCGGCACCUGCGGAUCCACACCUGAGCGCCAGGGAGGCAUCGGUAGGUCCUCCUCGGCAGGGCCUGGGCGCGGGCGCUUCCUGGGCUGGUCGGUGUGAGCACGGGCGACUCGCAGUCAGAGGAAGCUGAGCGUGAGGCCUGCGGCCACAGGUGCUGCCUCCUCCCGGAGCCAGAAAAGGCCUCGCCGCCUCUCCGAAGCCUUUUAAGUUCACGGUAGCUGAGCCUCAGGGAAGGGUUGCUCCACAAAGGAACCAGCACCUCAGGGUCCUGACCCAGCUGUCUGGGUCAGUUGUCACCACAGCUGGACAGAUCGUGCAGGGUGUCUGAGUGUUUCCUCAGGGAGGAAGGUGGGAGGAGGAGGUGACCCAAGAGAUGCCUGAGGGCCCUUCUCCCUGUGUCAAACACACCCUGGAGCCAGAGGUCUGUGUCACCAUCUGUGGGUUUCCUGGUGGGGCAAGAGCAAGAGGCUCUCCACAUUGUCCCCAUGUCCCUGAUGAUCUCCAGGGAGCACACGCUGGAAGCCACCAAGCUAGUUAGUGGUAGACAUUGGCAAGUUAUCCGUGAGGAGCAAAAUGUUUUUUUCAGACAUAGCAAAUAGCAGUAACUACUGCUUCAAAUGCCAAAGAUUUUUAGAGUGGUCUGUUACAUUAAAAAAAAAAAUCUUUUAAUAAAGGGAGACCUUGUCAUUUUAGAUGGUCUUUUAGGUGUGAAAGGUACAGAUACUGGCUGCCUGGUCAGAAUCAUCUUCAACCAUUGUGGGGAGAGCAGGAGGGAAAAUGAAUGCCACCAACAGGCUUGAUACUCAGGUUUAAAUACUUACUGGAUUCGAUAAGUGUGCACAUGUGGACAUAGACAGUCUGUUUUUAUAGUUAUUUUUGCAGUUAAAUGGGAAAGUAACUGUCUUUUUGCUGCUAUAACGAAGUACCUGAGACUGGGUAAUUUAUAAACAAUGGAAAUUGACUGCUCACAGUUCUGGAGGCUGGAAGUCCAAGAUCAAGGCACCAGCAGAUUUGGAGGCUGUUGAGGGUACAUUUAUAGACAGUGACCUCCCCCAGGCCCCUUCUAUAAGGGCACUAACCUCAGUUAUGAAAACUACUUUGCCCUCAAGACUUAGUCAUUUCUUAGAGGUCUCACUCCUCAUACUGUCACAUUGGGAAUGAAAUUUCCAACACAUGAGUUUGGGGGAGCACCAGAAUUCAGCCCACCGCAGUAACUUCAAGAGAAUUUCCACAGCUGACUUGGAGCUUUGUUUACACAUGGAGUUUCUUCCGAAGUCUACUUUCUCUGGGACCUCGUAGGGCAUCCUUUUUAUUUUGACAUCUCAUCCUACUGGUUGCUAAUACCCUGGAGUUCCCAAAUGUUCCAUACUCCCUGACACUGGUGUACGUGAAGAAUAAAUAAUUAAAUUUUUAA